AUGAAGUUGCGUGAUCUUCCUAAAGAACAGCGCAUUUUAGCGGAACGUAUUAUAAACGAAGCUCUAUUCUUAGCUGAAAUGGAUAAAUUGACUAUUGACCACAAAAUAUCGGAUCGAGCAACAAUACAACAAAUAAAUUCUAACACUACAGAAUCACAGAGCAUACUUCAGCCAUACCUUUUAGACAACAAUACAGGAGCGGUACAAAUUUCAAUCCCUGAAAUGUCUAUACCUUUACAAGAAGUAAACACUGCGACUUCAUUUUUAUCUCAGUACAUGCAAAAUGAAUCGUAG